AUGUACGCCAAGGCCUUCGUCACUCUCUUGCUCCCCAUCCUCGCGGCCCAUGCCAUGCCUGCCAAGCGCGACGAAUACGAUGACGCUCUGUCGCUGAUCACUGCGGGAGACACGGACCCUACUGCUUCUGCGGAGCUUAACUCCAUCCUGUCUUCGCCUCCCACUGGCACUGCUCUCGCAGCUUUAGAAGCGAGCAUCAUAUUGGACGAGGCCAGCCUCGCGAUCCACCAGCUGCCCUCCGCGAGCGAGAGCCAGUUUACCGCGUACAUCACAACCAUCGCGGGCGCGCCUGUCGUCGAGGUCUCCUCCAUUGGCGGGCCCGCGAUUACGGUCGCCACAAGCACCGCCGGUGCAGCCACGACCUUCUUCGCCGGACACACGGUCUUUGUAGUCCCCGGCCCGGGGAAGAAGAACGGGGCGUCCGAGCUCAAAAUCUCGAGGCCUUUGCUGACGGGUAUGGUUGGGGCCCUUGGAGCAGUCGCUGCUGGAGCGAUGAUGAUUCUCUAA